GAUCAAACCGAUGUCAUCCCUCAGUUAGAAGGGGGGCCUGCAUCGUUGCUGCCGAACAACGACAUCAACGGGGAGCAGGGCGACUCUCCAAGAGUCUUCAAGUCACACCUGCGCUUCAAAUCUUGCCCAGAAAAUGUCAAGCGGAUCUACUGCUUUCGCAACCUGAAGGAUGUUCUGGUCAGCGACUGGGCCUUCACUGCCUCAAUCAUGGAGUCGGAUGUGCCCCUAGAUGCUUUCGCUUUUAUGCGAGUGGUGCCUGGGGGCAUCGAUCGUGCUUUGAAGGAUCUCUGUGACUGGUGGGAGCACCGCCACGAUCCCCAGGUGUGCAUCUUUUUCUUUGACGACCUCUUGGAAGAUCGUCUUCAGAGCGUCCGCCGGGUCCAGCGUUUCCUGGACUUGGGGGAGGAUGCCAGCCUAACCUCAACUGUUGCGGCUCAAAGCAGCCACGAGUUCAUGUCCAGGCCGGAGAAUCAUUCCAAGUUUGACGACCACAAAAUCGUGCAAGAGAUCGAUCGAAUCAGAGGAAUCCGUCGAACGCGGCCCCUCACGGGCAAAGUCCGAAAGGGAGGCGGCAGCGCUGGUCAAGGUGCGACACAGCUGUCCCCGGAAGUACAAAGCUGGGUGGACUGGAGGUGGAAAUGCAUUGUGGAGCCCCGGCUGGGCUUCGCCAGCCCCGCAGAAAUGCGCCACGCAUGGGCGAGCGAGCGGGCCGAAGCG